AUGUGUUUUGGGACUUGGAACAUUGGCUCUUUGACAGGGGGAUCAGUCGAAUUAGUAGAGGUUAUGAGAAGGAGGAGAAUUAACAUAUUAUGUUUGCAGGAGACCAAGUGGGUUGGAAACAAGGCAAGAGAAAUAGCUCCAUGGGGUUAUAAGCUUUGGUAUUCGGGAAAAAUUAGGGGUAGGAAUGGGGUAGGUAUCCUUAUUGAUCGAGAAUAUAUCUAUGAUAUAGUGGACGUGUCCCGAAAGAGUGAUCGAAUUAUGAGUAUUAAGCUUGUGAUAAGGGAUGAAGUUGUAACUAUUGUGAGUGCCUAUGCACCACAAGCAUGA